UGAUGUCACGAAACACAUGUUAUAGCAUAUGUUAUAGGUUCCACGACCAAAUAAAAAUCUGUAUAUGAAAAAGAGAUUUGUUAUUAUAUUCAGGCAAAGUUGCUUUCGCUAAGGCCUACAGUAGAUACCAUAUAUGUACAAAUCUUCAUUUUAAAAAUAGCUAAUCUCUCCCCCUCAUUAUAAAUUAUGCAUCUACAUAUAUAUAUAUGCACAAUCCCUUCCAUUAUAUUAUAUAUAUUCUUAUUAACCAAAGUGUUGAAAGUUGAAGUUUGAAGUUAAAGAGGCAUUUCUUGGCUCUCCAAGUUCUCUCUCCAUAGCCAAUAAUUAAUCAAGAUGGUGAUGAGUAGCAGCAUUGAGAAAUCAUUCAGAAUCAAACAUGAAGACAGCAACAAGUUCUUGUCAAAGCUUCUUUCAAAAGAAAACUCCAAAGCUUCUGCUUCUAUUCCUUCUUUCAGAGUUUAUUAUAAUGAUGUUCCAAGUUCUGUUCCUUUCACUUGGGAAUUACAACCUGGUACUCCUAAACAUACAUUUUCUCAAACUUCUUUACCUCCUCUUACACCUCCUCCCUCGUACUACUCCAACACUAAUAAUACCAACAAAAAACCUAGUAAAAAUAACUUCAGAUCCAAGAUAUUGCAUGCACUAAUCAUGAAGUUUAAUCCCAAAAAAUGUCCAUUACCUUCAUCUCCCUCAUAUUCGUCUUCAUCUACUUUAUCAUGGUCAUCUUCUUCACAAUAUUCCUCAAUCUCUGCUCCAACAACUCCAUUCCAACGGCGUCGUUUUUGUAGCGAAGGGUCGUCUUUUGAUGACUAUAUAUCGCCAGCAUCGAAAUUAUGUUAUGGUAAUAAAGCGGGUGGAAAUUCUGUAUUUAUGCUGAAAAAAGCCUUGGUUUCCAUUGUCGGUGGGCGUAGAUCUAACUAAUUUAAGGUUCAAAUUUUAUCAUUUGUUUGUGUUUUUCAAAUUGUUUUUCAUUACAUAAAUAAUGGAACAGAAGAAAGAGUUGUGAGAAAUUGAACAAAUCACAUCUA